AUGCGGAACUGGCUGCGAGACUUCCUCAUCGAUCGGAAAUUCUGCGUCCGUGUUGGCAAAUCGCUCUCUGCGUCGUAUUCCACUCCCAGUGAGGUACCCCAAUGCUCGGUUCUUGGUCCAUUGCUCUUUGUGGUAUAUGUGAACUACCUGUCCGGUCAACUGUGCAGCCCAUCCCUGAUGUAUGCGGAUGACAUCAAAAUCUGGCGUACAAACGGGGAUCCGAAUGUUCGAAGUUUUCUUCAAGCGGAUUUGAACAACCUGGCUCAGUCGGCGGAUACCUAG